CUCUGACGAACAAAGUGUGUUGAACAUGUUGGUCAAAUCACGAAUGCGUUCAAAAUUGUUAUUAGUAUUAUGCCAGCUUCUCGCGGCAGUCAACUGUGAAGUUAUACCAAUAAUCUCACAGACUGACCAAUCUUCAGGAUCGCUCUGUCCCGACGGAAAAUGGACAGAAUGGUUUGACAUGAGUGAUCCACAGUCGUCUCGAUCAGGAGGCGACUACGAACUGCUGGCAGAUAUGAUUGAGAUGUACGGUGUUUGUGAAACUCCUACAUAUAUUGAGUGCAAAGAAGUCGGCUCCCCUCUGUUUUACUACGAAAUGCCUGACCAGACGAAAGUAACGUGUUUGCCGGACAUAGGUUUGUUGUGCUUUAACAAGGACCAGAAAUCAAAAGGGUGUGCCGACUACGAAGUACGUUUUUUCUGCCCGUGCUUUGUUGGUGCAGCGUCCCUUUACGACGAAAAAAGUGGACAGAGAAAAAUCACUUGCAAACCCGAUGUAGGUUUACUAUGUUACAACAAGGACCAGAAGCCUCACCAAUGUCACGAUUAUGAAGUCAGAUUUUUCUGCCCAUGCC